AGUAAAUAACUUCAUUAUCCUACACUCAUUUUGUUCAUUUAACUGGGUAAAUGGCAACUGAACAGUAAACACUGAACUUAUAUACUUGGCGCUUCGGCAUAUAGUUAUUAGGUACCUCUAGUCUAAGUUCACUGUUUGUUCUUCGCAGUCUCGCUGCGGAUACCGAAGGGAGGUCAUUAAAUUUUUUCAUUAUCAUUAAAAGUUUUGGCGUAGUUACUUGUGUUACUUUAAAAGCUAAUAAUUGUUAAAAUUAAAAUGAGUGUUAUAGUAACAGCAACCGCCUCGGUUAACAUAGCAGUAAUAAAAUACUGGGGUAAACGGGAUGAAGAAUUAAUAUUACCGUUAAAUGAUUCCAUAAGUGCCACUUUGGACACAAACGUUAUGUGUGCUAGAACUUCAGUUUGUGCGAGGCCAGAUAUAGAAGAAAAUGAAAUGUAUUUGAAUGGAAUCAAGACUUCAUUUGACAAUAAACGUCUGCAGACCUGUUUAAAUAAAAUCAAAGCUAUUGCAACUUUACAGAAAGUUGUUGACAAAGAAUUUUUGUCCUGGAAUGUUCGAAUUUGUUCGGAAAACAAUUUUCCAACUGCUGCUGGAUUGGCAUCUUCCGCAGCAGGAUAUGCUUGCUUAGUAACUGCUCUAGCGAAAUUAUAUAAAAUUGAAUCUGAUAUAAGUCAACUAGCCAGAUUGGGGUCUGGCAGUGCAUGCAGAAGUGUUUUUGGCGGUUUCGUUAGGUGGCACGCCGGUGGGAAGUGUGAUGGAAGUGACUCCACAGCGUCACAAAUAGUCCAAUCAACUCACUGGCCUGAAAUGAGAGUGCUGGUUCUUGUUGUUGCAGACAAAAAAAAACAUACAAGCUCCAGCAUUGGUAUGAAGAGGUCUGUGGAGUCUUCUGAGUUACUCAAGUACAGAGUAGAACAUUGUGUGCCCAGACGUGUAGAUGAAAUGAUUAAUGCAAUCAAGGGAAAAGAUUUCCAAAGAUUUGCAGAACUGACCAUGAAAGAUAGUAAUCAGUUUCAUGCUGUAUGCCUGGACUCAUAUCCACCUUUUCACUAUUUGACUAAUGUAUCAUAUAAAAUCAUUGAUGUUAUACAUAAAUAUAAUGAAAUCUGUAAAGAAACCAAAGUUGCUUACACUUUCGAUGCUGGACCGAAUGCUUGUUUGUUCUUAUUAGAAAAAGAUGUACCUGAAGUUCUGAGUCUGAUCAAAUAUAUUUUUCCUUCUUCUAAUACUGAUUAUGUUAGAGGCUUAGAUGUUCCUAAGGCAGAGGAAGAAAAUACAUUUGAAACAUUUCCAAUACAGCCAAUGGAAGAAAAUAAAUUACAAUAUUUGAUAUACACAAAAGUAGGUGAUGGCCCGGAAAUACACUAUGAUGGUCCACAUCUAUUAAAUGAAUUGGGACAGCCUUUAAAUGUUUCAAAAACAUAAAAAAUACCAAGUUAUUACUUUAUUGGUUGCUUGGUUAGGGUUAUUUUAAAAUAAGAAUAUUUUUAUUAGCAAUGACGGUUUUUAUUUUUUUUAUUAAUAUUAUUCUAUUGUUUCUAGUUUCAGAAUAGAAAAGUUUUAUUUUUAUGAAAAACCUAUAAUGAUUGUGAGUUCUAUUUAUUUAAAAAUUUAAACUAAGAAUGUUGGAAUGUAGUAAUUUUAUAUACUGGUGGUUGUUUUCAUAAAAUAAUUUAUUUUAUUUAAAAA